CCCCGUCCGCGGUCACCCUGCCACCCAGCCUGCGUCCCCGGCGGCGGGAGCUCGGGGGCACCGGGCGGCGGCUGGCGGCGGCCGGCUGGAUGCGAGACCUGCGCGGACCCCGUGGCGGACGGCAGCUCUCGACUCGGGGAAGCCGAACGCGCUGGCCAUGGCCUCCAACUUUAACGACAUAGUCAAACAGGGCUACGUGAAAAUCCGCAGCAGGAAGCUGGGGAUUUUCAGACGUUGCUGGUUGGUUUUUAAGAAGGCGUCUAGUAAAGGACCCAGAAGGCUAGAAAAAUUUCCAGAUGAAAAGGCAGCAUAUUUCAGAAACUUUCAUAAGGUAACUGAACUGCACAACAUCAAAAACAUAACCAGGCUGCCUCGAGAGACAAAGAAGCAUGCAGUGGCAAUUAUCUUUCAUGAUGAAACGUCAAAGACAUUUGCCUGUGAGUCAGAGCUGGAGGCCGAGGAGUGGUGCAAGCAUCUCUGCAUGGAGUGUCUGGGGACCAGGCUGAAUGACAUCAGCCUCGGGGAGCCUGAUCUCUUGGCGGCAGGAGUGCAGCGGGAACAGAAUGAGCGAUUCAAUGUGUAUCUUAUGCCGACACCAAAUCUGGACAUUUAUGGCGAAUGCACAAUGCAGAUCACUCAUGAGAAUAUCUAUCUCUGGGAUAUCCACAAUGCCAAGGUCAAGCUGGUGAUGUGGCCUCUCAGCUCACUGAGGAGAUACGGGCGGGACUCAACAUGGUUCACAUUUGAGUCAGGAAGAAUGUGUGACACAGGAGAAGGACUAUUCACUUUUCAAACAAGGGAAGGAGAAAUGAUCUAUCAGAAGGUCCAUUCUGCGACACUGGCCAUAGCUGAGCAACAUGAAAGAUUAAUGCUAGAAAUGGAGCAGAAGGCCCGGCUUCAGACAAGCUUGACUGAACCAAUGACGUUAUCCAAAUCAAUAUCUCUUCCUCGCAGUGCAUACUGGCAUCACAUCACUCGGCAGAACAGCGUUGGAGAAAUCUACAGUUUGCAAGGUCACGGGUUCGGGUCCUCGAAGAUGUCACGCGCACAGACGUUUCCCAGCUACGCCUCGGAGCAGAGCGAAGAGACACAGCCGUCCUUGUCCCGGUCCAGCAGCUACGGCUUCAGCUACAGCUCCAGCCUUAUCCAAUGACACCCAGAGAGAUGCUGAGACCAGAGAGACAGUCUGUCCGGACCUGCCUGGGGGCCAUCACGCCCUCUGCCUCGCGGAGGACCAAUUGCAGGGAACACUGAAAUGGGUCGGGUCUAUCCCCGCUCCCAGUGGAAGGUUAAAAACUGGAGUUCUGCUUCCUUGAUUCCGUGGCUAAGUCCUUUAUUUAUUGAGUUUCUUGCGGGGGAGUCUAUGUUUUACAAAAAUAGAAUCCAAAUCGUCUGAACAGUCAUUUAAACAAAAUCCUUUGAGUCUGACAGUAGCAGAAGCCUGGGCAGGGUGAGAAGUCGCCCACGCUGGACUAUACCUGGGUGAAGGCAUUGCCCCUGUCCUCCUUGGCUCAGUCCUCCCACCUGAGGAGAGGUCUGUCCUUAGACAGAAAGGUGACCCACCACAAGUUCUGUGGCUUGGAGGGUUUCGACAGGGACAAAUCCAGUAAGCUCUACAAAUGGCAUCACAACUUUCCAUAUAAAUAAGCCCAGCGACAAGGGAACACACCCACGAAAUUUAGAACACACUCUUAAGCAGGGCCUUGUAGCUCGAUUCUGUGUGUGUGCUCUGUGUGUGUGUGUCUGUAGACAAAUAUAGAUAUGGAUAUUGCUGUAUCCAUCUAUAUCUAACAAGUAUAUAUCAAUGUGUGCUGAGAGUGACAGCAUAUGCUCACUUAAAUUGUUGAAAACUGUUAUUUGGUGCAUUAAAAUUAAGAUUGUUAUGUUGAAUAGCUAUUUUUAAAAUAGUGCUGUAAAAAAAAAAAAAA